UCUUCGCUGAAUUGUAUUCUUUGUCAGCACUCCACCCUUGCCACUCCUUGAAAGCAAGUCGACCAGAAGAGAGGUAUAGCUACCUGAGAUCCAGAGAAAUUUGCUUCUAUCUUCAAUUUUGCCGGAUCUAUCCCAAUUUCUAAAGAUGGCAGCUAACUUAUUGUUUUCCGAAGAUCAAAUAAAAGGAAUCCGGGAAAAAUUCUCCACAUUUGACACGGAUAAAAAUGGCACCAUCUCUUGUAGGUUCUUGAUUGAGGCGUUAAUGACAGUGGGUGGUUACCUUAAACAGACCAGGGAUAGGGAUUGGGAUUCUGGGCUUGACGAAAUAAUCAAUAAGUUUCAAUCUGAUCGUAAGUUCGAAGGGGAGGAGACUAUUGAAUUUUCUGAGUUUUUGACGAUGGUAGCAGAACAGACAACGAAUACUACUAGACUGAGUCAAUACUAUGCAGCUUUCGCCGCCGCUGACAAGAAUGGCGACAGAGUCCUCAGUGCUGACGAGUUGCAUAAAGCGCUUUCAACCGCUGAUCCACCGAUGACGAAGGAGGAUAUCGAUGCAUUGUUCAACAAAGCCGACCUUAAUAAGGACGGUAAAAUCAACAUGUACGAAUUCAUUCUUGCGAUAAAGGCUUCUUUUGAAGAUGAUAAAUGAUUCUACUUCAACAUCGACAACUUGUCCUUUUUAUUCUUCUUGAGGAAUAUGUGGGAGAGGGCGAUAUAAUCGUCUCGCAUCAUUUUUCUUCUCUUCAUUUCAUUAUGUUCCGGUGAUUUUUUUUUGAGCCGUCACUUUUUGAUUUGUUUCAUUUCUCUUUUUUUCAAAGAGUGGCUCGAAUUCCACUUCACUUUAUUUCUUUACAUUUUUCAUAAUACCGUGGGUGCUCUUAAAAAUGUUUGUGUACUCCUUCCGGGAAUAAAUGUUGCGUUUUUUCUUCAUCUGAAAGCCAACUAUUGGUAUCGCAUUAUUAUGAUACCUUUGACAUCAUGAUUUUGUUUAUUCGUUUUUUAAUUGUAUCAUUAGUCAUCGUGAUUGUGGUUAGGAUGGAGGUCGACUAACACCAAAAGUCCGAAAAGUGACAUGGUACACAAGGGAGAAGAGGAAUUUAACUUGUUUAAUUCUUGAUAGGCGGUAAAAGCACUUAUCUUACAUUACUUUAAUGGUCUUUCAUGUGGAUGUGUCGUGGGUCAUUCACUUGACUCAUUGAAUUAAAUUGAAUGGUUUAUUGAGCAUACUGAUAUUGGCAGCACGAAGGCUGAAUUAUAUUUGUUUAACAGUAAUGCACGUGAAACAAAAAGCAAUGUUACAAUAAUUACUACAUAACACUUGCGAGAAUACAGUCAAAGAUUAAAUUAAUUAGAUGUAUAAGUAUAUAUAGUUAUGUUUUGUGUUUGUUUAUACGGAAAAUGAAACCAAACCAAACCAAUCCAAGGCUUAAGAGCCCGGCACUAAGUUACGUCAUUAUUUUGGCAAGGCAUUAAUAUACAUUCGCCACUCUCCACCCAGGUGUAAAUGGGUACCCGGUAAUCGCUAGGGUAUGUUGCAGGGCCCGUAGGAAGAUUAGUAUUAAUACUGAUGUUGCUACCCUGAGUUAACAAAAUUGAUAUUUCUAUUAUUAUUAUUAUUGUUAUUAUUAUUAUACGGCAAUAUCACUUACAGUAAAGUGGAGUAAAUGGGUGUAUGUAAACAAUUAUAUAUGGUGCAAUUUAUAAUCAUGCAAUGUUCACUAAAUAUAAAUCGACUAAAUAAUACUCUGAUAUUACUACUCUCCAUUUUGUUUGUUGUCUUGAAAAUGGAUUUUCAUAGUAGUGUUGGGAAAUGUACAUCCUUAAUUCAUGUAGUUUUUUUGCUGUAAAGAAUAAAUCAUGUAUUUAAACAAAUA